AUAAAGCUUCUUCUCUUUCUCAAUUUUCGCAUUUCUCAUCUCUCAUUUCUCAAUCCCUCGAUCUCAAAUAUCCUGUGUUGGACGCUGUGAUGGACUCUCAGGACAUCAGGCACCGUGGCGGAGACGACAGAGACGCCGCUAUGGCCGAGACGGAGAGGAAAAACGCUGACGACAAGAGCAAAGGCAAACGCGAUCAAAAGAGGGCGAUGGCAAAACGCGGUCUCAAAUCGCUGACGGUAGCGGUUGCGGCUCCUGUGCUCAUGACGCUCUUCGCCACGUAUUUCCUCGGCACAAGUGGCGGCGGCUACGGGAGUAGAGCUCAGUCCACGUCUUGGAUCCCACCUCUGUGGGUCCUACACGCCAUACGUCUCGCGUCAAGUGGUCUUAUGGGCUUGGCUGCGUGGCUCGUGUGGGUAGACGGUGGGUUCCACAAGAAGCCCAAUGCUCUGUAUCUUUACUUGGCUCAGUUUAUGCUCUGUUUGGCUUGGGGUCCGGUUAUUGUUCGGGUCGGGUCGGGAGUGGCCGGGCUUGCGGUGUGGUUGGGUCAAUCUGCGGCCUUGUUCGGAUGCUACAAGGCCUUUAAUGAGAUAAGUCCGGUCGCUGGUAAUCUGGUAAAGCUGUGUUUGGCUUGUGCUGCGUUUGUAGCCGCCGUUAAUGUAAAGCUUGCAAUCGCGUGAUGCUAUUCUGUUAGUAUAGAGUCAUGAUGGUUCUGCGUUUUUAUGAGUGUUUUGUGAUAUAUUAUACAUAAAGUUGUCGUUGUGAUUCCAUCUUCUUCUCUUUUGUGGAGUAAUCGACAUGAACAUGAUACUUUU